GGUCGAUGUUCGGGAUUGUGGACAACGCGGGGGCCCUAUAUCUCUUCAAAACUUACCUGAUCCUCUCCGGCUUUGCGACUUGGAAGCUCAUAGCCUACAGUGUACCUCCAAUUCGUCCCUCUGAUAUCACGCCAAUUUUGGAAUUAUUGGUCCUCUCAAGACAGACACGGUGGAGGGGGAUAAAAGGAACGAGCUAGUAUAUCGUCUCAUAUGCUAGCAUCGUCGGUGGAGGGAGAGGACAAUUUGCAUAAUGACUACCUUGACGGACGCUGCGUUCUCGUCUCUCUUCCGAUGCCGCCGACACAAUAUUCUACCCCCCACACCACCGGCCUCUCAGAUAUUCUAUGGUGUUUCGGGGGAGGAAGAGGCAGUGAAUGAGUCUAAAGUGUAUGUGCAGCAGACCGUGGAAAGCCAUGAGCUGUCUCCGGAGGUCGAUCAUACGUUUGAGACAUCAGUAGAGCUGGAGAGCGGUGAUGAAGAUGGUCCGGUAGUCGUUCGCCGCAGUGCCGGUUUUCGUUCGUCCUCACCUUCCUCUUCACACCUCGAGGGCCCUCCCAAAUCUUCAGGCCCCGACGGUUAUGACGCGUUUGAAAACACAAAUAACAAAAAGAAACGGAAAAUCCCCACGCCGGGGAAUCUGGGACACUCUGCUUUGUCUCCAGAAUUUGCCAACAUGGGGCUGACGAGCUCAACCCCCGCACCACCUCCCCCGAAGGUCCUACCGGUACAUAUUAUGGCAGUGGAAAUCCUGCAUCCCCGCUGGCAGGGAUAUCUGGUUCAGGAAGAGGUCGGUUAA